AGGGAAUGGGCCAACCCCAACCGGCCAUGGCAAGACAUGAAAUCGAUUAGCCUUCCGAAUCCUAAUCGAGAGAAGAAAGUGGAAUGAAGUCAGCAGUAUCAUCACUGUUUAGCUCCAAGAAUCUCAAUCUCCACCAUUCUCCUUUCUCUCCUUCUCAUUAUAGCUCCUCCAUUUUACACUCCAAAUCGAUCGCUCGCCUAUCUCCUACACUCUAUCACAACAUCAAAAAGAACACCACCUGCGAUUUCAUCAAUCUUAACCACAAGUUCAAAUUCCACUCUUCACUUGCUCCAAUAAUGGCUUCCUCUUUCAAGCCUGAGCAAGCCAGGGCUCCUCCCGCCGUCCCCUUGCCCACUCCUCCCGUUACCAAGUUUAAGAUAGGGUUGUGCCAGUUACUGGUUACUGCGGAUAAGGACAGAAACAUUGCACAUGCUCGCAAAGCAAUCGAGGAGGCUGCCGGAAAGGGUGCCCAGCUAGUUGUCUUGCCCGAAAUAUGGAAUAGUCCUUAUUCCAAUGAUAGUUUCCCAGUUUAUGCUGAGGACAUAGAUGCGGGCAGCAAUGCGUCCCCUUCAACAGCCAUGCUUUCUGAAGUUGCUCGACUUCUGAAGAUCACCAUAGUUGGUGGCUCUAUCCCAGAACGUUCUGGGGAUCGGUUGUAUAAUACAUGUUGUGUCUUUGAUACCGAAGGAAAGUUGAUAGCCAAACACAGGAAGAUACACCUUUUUGAUAUUGACAUUCCCGGGAAGAUUACCUUUAUAGAGUCGAGGACAUUAACAGCAGGGCAGACUCCAACCAUUGUGGACACAGAAGUUGGUCGUAUUGGUAUAGGUAUCUGUUAUGACAUUCGAUUUCAAGAAUUGGCAAUGAUAUAUGCAGCAAGAGGAGCUCACUUGAUUUGCUACCCUGGGGCGUUUAACAUGACAACUGGACCGUUACACUGGGAGUUACUGCAGAGAGCAAGGGCUGCAGAUAAUCAGUUAUAUGUAGCAACUUGUUCCCCUGCUCGAGAUGUUGGAGCUGGUUAUGUGGCUUGGGGCCACUCCACCCUAGUAGGACCAUUUGGAGAAGUUCUGGCUACUACUGAGCAUGACCAGGAUAUAAUCAUAGCAGAGAUCGAUUAUUCUCUAAUUGAGCUGAGAAGGACAAGCCUUCCCUUGACGAAGCAACGGAGAGGUGAUCUUUACCAGUUGGUGGACGUCCAGAGGCUGAACUCUCAAUCAUGAUGACAGGAUACUGCUGCAACAGAUGGGAGUUGACUGAGAAAGCAGUUAUUUGUUCAGGAACAGUUGUUCUUUGCUUUAGUUAUGUAAAAAAUGUGUUGAAUAAUGCAGAGAAAUUAGUCACUGAGUUGAAAUAAUUGCCAAAAAAAAAAACCCUCAUUUCAUCAUGUGUGUACUCGGUGCUAAAAGCGAAGAUUGAAUUGAUAAAUUGGCAUAUGAGAAGUCUGGUGGUACCUUCUUCACGUUUUA